CUCCAUCGACAGGCUCAUCCUUUCGUUCGCACACAUCCACACCUACCGAACAGAGGCAGAAAAACAGAGAGGGGAUGGCUCUCUAGGGUUCGCCCGCCGCCACCGUCGCCGGUCCCGUCGCCGGCAAGGCGUGUGGAUCCGGUCUCCGCCGCCCCCGGCCAUACACCGGCUGCAUCAGAUCCGUGGCGCCGCCGUCCCUUAGCACCUGUUGCCCCCGCUCCCAGUCUGCCCCCGUGCUCCACCUGCACCGGUGCCGGAGCUUCAUCUGCACCACGCCGGAGCUUCAGCUGCACCACGCCGGAGGCCCCCCCUUGCCCCCCGACUCCACCUCCUCCUGCCUGACUGCACCAGCCCUGCCCCAUCUCCUACCUUUGAGAAGAUGUCAAAAGCUAAUUGGAGUCCAGAAAUGACCACCAUUUUUUGCAAUCUCGCUGCUAAGGAGAAGGAAAAGGGGAAUAGGCCUACCAAAUUUUUGAACCCUACUGGAUACAAGAAUGUAGAAGUUGGCUUCUUUCAGCAGACCGGAAAACUUUACAGUAGGCUGCAGUUCAAAAAUAAAUGGGGCAGUUUGAGGACCUUGUAUAGGGAUUGGCUGAUCCUAAAGAAUACAUCUACUGGACUUGGUUGGAAUGAUGAAACGAACACCGUGAUUGCUGAUGACGAAUGGUGGAAGAAGGCCGGUGAAGAAAACAAGGACAUCUUGCAGUUUCGUAAAUGUGGUCCUGAAAAUCUGAACCAAAUGAGCAUCAUGUAUGAGAAAAUCAAUGUUACAGGCGAAACUUCUAUGAUGCCAGGUGGUGAGCAUGAAGUGCUUGAUCUUGAAGAAGAUGAAACUGAGGAGGAAGAAGUGCAGACUACCCAAGCCAAGAAGGCAAAGAAAGGGCCAUUGAAGAUAGAUGGAAGUUCUAGCAAAAAGAAUCCUGUUCAAAGGGACUUCAAGCGCAUGGUUGACCACUUGAUUAGUGAAGAUGUCGCGAUGAACUCACAUAAGAAUAGUGUUGCUGCUGAAAUUGAAAAGAUAAUGGAAGAAGUUGUGGCAUGUGGAGCCAAUGAAGCAAGUGAUGAGUACUUCAUAGCAACCAAGUUGUUUGUGAAGUUUGAAAAUCGUUGUUUCUUUAACAAUAUGAAGACUAGCGACGGGAAGAAGAAUUGGCUUAGGAGGAUGUAUGAAGAGCGAAAUAGGCAUUAGGAUUACACUUUAGACGUGUGAUCAUGAAUAUGUUAUUCCCUUUCUUUAAGUUAUGUCGCUUGAGACCUGUUGAACUAUAUUUCCUUUCUUGUUAUGUCACUUGAGACCUGAUGAACAAUA